AUGACACCGGGUUCCGACACUACCAAUACUAGGUUUGGUCCCUUGCUCGUGCCAUCUGUGUCUCGGGAGUCCACCACUUCAGAUACCAGAGCUCGUUUGUCGGCCGUUGAUCGAGGGUCUAGCUUGAGGCAAGAAAACAAUGGAGCACCCGAGACUCCUCGGCCCACUGUACAGAGAUCUAAUCUAUCGCCUAAUCUCAAUAUCGCUACCUAUAGGGACCUCCACAAUGCAACACCUACCCCGAGUCCCCAACCUACUUCCACGGUGAUUACUAGGUCUCCUUUGUCUUCACAUCUAGAAUCUGUGGCGCUUGGCUUUCGGAAUCUGGCGAUAAGGAAUGAGGAGGUUCCGUCUAUCCAAGGACACGAGGAAGAACAAGGCGAUAACACGAGUGAUAGUUGGUCCGACGCCAGCUCUGGUGAAGAGAGUGAUGAGUAUCAUGUCUCCCAAGAAAAACUUCCCGACGCUCCAAUAUAUAAUGUUCGUCUACAACGCGCCGUCAAGGAGGUGCGUUCGCAACUCCUUCACCUGAGCAAUACGAUGGGACGAUGCGGACUGGCGCACGAUCAAACAACGGAUAUAAGCGCCUUAUACGAGCAGGUUCAAAUGAUGAGCAAAUUUGAUUACCCGGCGACUCGCACGGUUGGGCUCAUCGGAGAUUCUGGCGUAGGUAAGUACUCCCUCGUAAACGCGCUUUUAGACCAAAGCGGUCUAUCCCGAUCGAGCGGAAAUGGCACUGCCUGUACUUCCGUCGUAACCGAGUUUCGAAAUGUGGAUGAGAGACAUCAACGCCCAUAUACUGUUGAGGCGGAUUUCAUGGGUACUGAUGAAAUAAGAGAGCUUUUACGGGAGCUGGUGAGAUGCUUUCGAAGAGUUCAUACCGAAGCUCGAUCAGAAAUUGUCGGUGGAAAUGAAUGGGAUUUGGCUCAAUCAUCCUCGGUGCGUGCCUGGGCGGCGUUGGAGGCUUUAUUUUCCUCGGAGCCUGGCUUCUCGGAGGAAUUCCUCUCUAAUGAGGAACCUGAUGCGGAGAAUAUAAUUCUUACGCAAUUAAAAGAAUGGAUUCAAGAUGUGCUGAGCCAUAAGCCUGGUGGCCCCGAUGCCAUUCAAUAUUCAUUUACUGCACAGGAUGCCCACGAGUGCAAGGAUUCACUUGAUAUGCUUACAAUGGGGCCUUAUCACCCAGGAGGGAGGGCUAUUUGGCCUUUUGUCAAGAUGAUCAGGGUCUUUCUGAAAUCGCCCAUUCUACGAACAGGCCUUGUCAUAGCAGACCUACCAGGCUUGCGGGACUCAAACUAUGUCCGAGUAAGGGCAACUGAAAGAUAUCUUCGCCAUUCCUGUGAGGAGGUGUUUAUAGUCUGCAAAAUCACUCGGUGUGAUUCAGAUGUUUCAAUCCAAGAGAUUAUUGACAAGUGCACUCCGGACCAACAGAUCCGAAUAGUCUGCACUCAAUCUGAGACAGUGGAUGCUGAAGAAACCAUGCGGGACCGCGCAGCCCCUCGAGGAACAAUAGAGCAGAUCCAACAGCUCCUGGCUAAUAUUCGCACCCUUGAACGGUCGCUGAGGAAAAUGGAAAAAUCUCAGAGUCGGAACGCAGUGGGAACGGAACUAUGGAGACUUGCAAAACGCGAAGCAAAAAGGCUCAAGAAGCUCUUGAUUGAGACCCGAAAUCGAGAUGCGAAUCAAAAGCUGUCCAAGAAAUAUAACAGAGUGGUUAAAGUUUUCUGCGUAAGCAGUCAACUAUACACUAAGCAUCGCGCGGAUGGCCGGCAGCAAGCUAGCGAAUACAUUGAUUUGAGUGGUAUUCUCGAGCUGCGGCAGUAUUGUCAGUUAGUACCGGCACAGGCUCAGUUCCAAGCAACCUCUGCCUUCCUUGAGAACAGCGUCCCGGCUCUCCUCAAAUCCCUCGAUCAAUGGAUACUGGCAGGGUCAAACAGGGUCACCGUCGAGAGGGCUCAAACCCUCCGCCGGGCCUUGGACGAGGCAAGGGCUACUAUCACGUCGCGCCUUACUUCACGGAAUUCAUGUAUGCGUCCUGUACAGGCCGGACUUGCUAAUCAGCUCAGGGAAUUUAUCACCAGGCCAAUUCGAGAUUCCGAAAGAAGAUGGAACGCUGAAGCUACCCGUGUGAGCCGGAAUUGGGAAACAAUACACCAUGACACAUACGCCGCAUUUUGCAGAAAAUACGGAGUACACCAAUCCAGAGAUAGUACUAUACGCUACUGGAACAAUGAAAUUCUCCAGGGAGCGCAGGAUGAGCUCCUUCAUAACUGGGAGUCACUACUGCAGCUGUUGCGUCAACAACAGAGUACCACUGAAACUCGGGUGACUGGUAUUUUCGAGUCGGUUUGCGACACACUAGAAGAGCAUGUCCACCUGGCACCCGAGGCCAUGGAAAAUCUCCUGGAUAGUAUCGAUGCGCACCAACGGUGCAUAAACGUCUCAAUUUCCAGCUGUUUUGAUGACAUUAUCGCCAGCUCCACGCGAAUUUCAUGGGAUGCGAGCGACGGCCACAGCGAUAUUUCUUACAUGGCCGAUAUUAUGCGACCAGCCUAUGACAUCUGCAACUUAGAAUCUGGGAGAGGAAGUCAUGACAGACGAAAGCGCAACAUGGACCAACACCUUCGGCAUUCGCAAAUCUUUUUGAAGCUUGCAACCAGGAUCCAGGUCGAGUAUGAUAGUAUGACGAAUACACUUUUCGAUGAUCUGAAGCAGAGAUUAGAGGCUGAGGUCCAGAAUAUCACCCGAGACUUGGGAGUGGCCAUCGCCGUUGAAGGUGAGGUGACAGAGGCCAGCCGUGUUCCAGCAUUAGCAGACGAAAUGAGAGAGAAGAUUGCGCGGAUCGAAGAAUGUUUAGAUGAAGCUCAGACUCUUGUGAAGGAGUCGUCGCAGCGUCGUUCUCAACAACGGGGGGGGCUAGAGAUUGAUACGGGUGAAUUCUCAACACCAGGGACUGCAAGAGGAGAGGGUUUGAUGUAUUAUUCGUAA